UGUUUACAAAUGGCGACCGAACAAACGAAUUUGGAGGAUGCAGCACAUGUUCACGCUGCUACAGAACAAAUUCACGAGGCUUCUUAUUUAUUUGUUAAAGUAUUAGGAAGAGGCGCAUUUGGCGAAGCUGUUCUAUAUCGGAAAACGGAGGACAGCAGUUUGGUAGUAUGGAAAGAAAUCAAUCUUAGUCGGCUAUCGGAACGGGAGAAGAAAGACGCGCUUGGGGAGGUGGACAUCCUUUCCAUGUUAAACCACGCCAACAUCAUUACGUACUACAACCACUUUCUUGACGAGGGGACUCUGCUGAUAGAAGUAGAGUAUGCUAAUGGAGGAAAUCUGGCCAUGAAAAUUGCUCAACACUGUGAAAAUCGUGAUCUUAUCCCAGAAGAGCAAGUGACAUGGUAUUUGUAUCAAACAGCUUCAGCUCUGAAGUACAUCCACCAAUUUGGCAUCAUCCAUAGGGACAUAAAAACCAUGAACAUAUUCCUUACAAGAACAGACUUAAUCAAACUGGGAGACUUUGGAAUUUCUAGAAUUUUGGAAACCAAGAGUCAGAUGGCAGAAACGGUUGUGGGAACACCAUUAUACAUGGCCCCAGAGAUUGUCAAAGGAGACAGCUAUGAUCACAAAGUGGAUAUGUGGGCAUUGGGUUGUGUGCUGUAUGAGUUACUGACCCUGAAAAAGACAUUCCAGGCUACAAAUCAGCUGCGCCUGGCUUAUGAGAUUGUCCAGGGAAAGCGAGGAGAAAUUGAUCCACAGUACUCAAAGAACAUUCAGGAUCUGGUCAACUGGAUGCUUCUAAAAACUGCCAAAGACAGACCCUCAGCCGAGGAGCUCCUGACCAGUCCAAAGUUCUCACAGAUUGCUAAUGUCCAGGAAAUGGAGAAAAAAGUCUGGGAACUCAAUACGUUGUCACGGAAACUCAGGCAACAGUCAUCUGUCUCCAUGGAAACUGUUCCUAUCAUCAAAUCAAAAAUUACAGAGGUUUACCAAUGGGGUGGUGGGAAAUUUACACCACAGAAACAGGACAUAUUUGACAAGGGCAAAAGUGCAAUACAGGUUGCAGCUGGUCACUCUCAUUUUGCUGUGGUUACCAUGGAAAAAGAACUCUACACAUGGGCGAAUGUACAGGGUGGUACAGAAAUUGCUGGACAGCUCGGUCAUGGAAACACCUCAGCAUACAAGGCCCCCAGAAAGGUGGACGACUUAGAGGGCGUUAUACAGGUGUCCUGUGGAGAAGACUUCACCCUCUGUGUCUCAGAUGAAGGUAAGGUCCAUGCAUUUGGAUCUAAUUACUACGGCUGUUUGGGGGUGGAGGAGGAAGAUGCAGUUCUCUCCCCUCUCCUUGUCCCAUUUUUCUCUUCAAAUCCUGUGGAGGAGAUUUCCUGUGGGGAGAAUCACGUGGCGGCCCUGACUAAGGAUGGUGACGUGUACACAUGGGGGUGUGGGGAGUUUGGGAGACUUGGUCUUGGUUCAGAAGAUGAUUUUUCAACUCCACAGAAGGUUGCCACUCCUGGGAAACACCUGUUUAAACAUGUAGUUAGUGGGUGUGAUGGUACUUUUCUGAUCACCGUAAAUGGCCGAGUGCUAGCAGCCGGAAGCAAUGAACACAACAAGCUGGGAUUUAACUCGGAGACCUCGGGGUUGAGGAAGAGUAAAAUCCAGGUUUAUGACAUUCCCUGUAAAUACACAUUCAGCACUGUGAAGCCAUUGACAAGAUACAUUAUAGCCAAGGUGGCUGCUGGGAAGGAUCACUCUGCUGCUGUCGACUUAUAUGGACAUUUGUACACAUUUGGAUCUAACAAGUAUGGCCAGCUGGGAACUGGGGACUUCAGGCGACGUCGGGGAAUUUGCCGGGUGGGUGGGCUUCUGACGGGGAAAGUGGUGGACACGGUUACAUGUGGUGAUGCGUUCACAGUAGCUUCCAUUAAUGAGAACCAAGUGUUUUCAUGGGGGAAUGGUGACAAUGGCAGACUGGGAGCAGUGUUUUCUGACCAGCUGAAGGGUCCAAACAACAAGUCCACUUGUCUUCCAAGGGCAAUAUUUGGGUCAUUGUACAGCGUAUGUAAUUUGGCAUCACAUCACUGGCAUGCUAUUGUCAUAGCUGAAAAAAUUUUGAAUCAAAAGACAUUAAAAUCAAGAGUAUCAUCACCAAAAUCUAGAGAAACGCCUCCAUUGAAAGUGGUAAUUCCACAGCCAGCUCUACAGGAAGAGGACAGCUCGUUUGCCUCGGAAGGGAUAGGAAGUGAAGACGUAUAUUCUAGUGAACCCGUGUCAGAAUCGGACGGAAUGAGUGAUUCCGGAAAUCCAUUAACGCCAGAUAUUGCGGAUCGACCAAGUUCAGCAGAAUCUUUUGGCAGACCCCGUUCUGGUGAUAGGCCAAGAUCAGCCGGAAGAGAAGUAAUGAUUCCCGAAGAAGACACACAAGUUCCGGAAUGGCUAAAAGCGGAACUGGAUGAUGAUUUCAUCCCAAUGCCUGGGAAUGGCCCACCAGUAGUCCCACCCCUACCCAGUCCGAUAUCUGUUAUAAAGCCGUCCAUGACCCCAGUAAUACCAAAUAUAAGCCCGGCGAUAGCGACUAGAUCUACACCCAGCGCACGAAACAGCAUGGAGUGUGCUGUCCACAGAAAGAAUGGAAGUCAAGAUAGCAUCGUUAAGACCCUGAACGAACGUAUUCAGCACUUGGAGGCAGAGAACAAAACGCUGAAGGAAGUUAUACAGCUUCAGGAUCUAAAGAUAAAAUCCCUGGAAAUGAAGAGAGCUCUGGAUGAAAAGAAAGACAGUUGACAGAUAGAGUUGUCAUUGAACGGUUUUGCUGACAAUGGAGGUUCUGAGGCUUCGGUCCAAUGACCAAGCAGCUUUUACAAUGUGACGAAUUGCACUCCCGUAAGCGUUUGAUCUAGUCUAAGCUUAGGCAUUGCCAUACAUGGUUGUGAAAUACGUGGACUGGGAUCAGGGACGCUGAUGCUGAAAAACGUGAUAGAGUCAAACUUUUGUGACAGUGAAUUUUAGUAAAGUACUUUACUGAAUUAGCUCUUUUAAGUACAUGCCGUAUUUACAUGUAUUAAUUAUGUCUGUGAUGAAAAUAGAAGACUAUAUUAAAAGGUUGUUUGUGGUA